AUGUCCUUUCCAGAUGCAAGUCAUUGUCAGAAGUGUCCAGAAGAUCAAUAUCCAAGCAGAACCCAAGAUCAAUGUGUUUCCAAGCACACCACCUUCCUGUCCUGUCGAGAAACUUUGGGUAUCAUCCUAAACAUCCUUACUCUUUUCUUCAUCCUAAUCACAAGUUUUGUUUUGGGAAUCUUCAUUAAAUACUCAGAAACUCCAGUUGUUAAAGCCAAUAAUCGGAACCUCUCCUACAUUCUCAUGGUCUCCCUCCUACUUUCAUUUCUCUCUUCUUUUCUCUUCAUUGGUCAGCCCCAGAAGGUGACCUGCCUUCUCCAACAAACUGCCUUUAGCAUCGUUUUUUCCAUCGUGGUCUCUUCUGUGUUGGCCAAAACUGUCACUGUGGUGGUGGCCUUCAUGGCUUCAAAGCCUGGGAGCAGGAUGAGGAAAUGGCUGGGAAAGAGCUUGGCUAACUCCAUUGUCUUAUCCUGUUCCAGUAUUCAAGUGGGCAUCUGCACUCUCUGGCUGAGCAUCUCUCCCCCCUUCCUAGACUCUGACACACACUCCCAGCCUGGAGAGAUUAUACUGCAAUGUAACGAAGGGUCUGUGGCCAUGUUUUAUGCUGCACUUGGCUACAUGGGUUUUUUGGCCACUGUCUGCUUCACUCUGGCUUUUGUAGCCAGGAAGCUGCCUGGGGCGUUCAACGAAGCCAAGCUGAUCACCUUCAGCAUGUUGGUGUUCUGCAGUGUUUGGGUGUCCUUUGUGCCCACCUACCUGAGCACCAAGGGGAAAUACAUGGUUGCUGUGCAGGUCUUCUCUAUCUUGGCCUCCAGCUUGGGCUUACUGGGAUUUAUCUUUCUUCCCAAAUGCUACAUCAUUCUACUGAGGCCUCAUCUGAAUACAAAAGAAUAUCUAAUGAUGAAAGACAAAGAUGGGUUCUGA